AAGAGUUAUCCAGAGAGCGAUGAUGGACACGAAUCCCAGCGAUGAAUACCCAUUCCUGAAGGUUGCUGGCUGGCUGGCUCCCAUGUCUCCCCGUCUUCUUCAAAUUAUUUGGUACCAUUAGUUCUCUUUUUUUUUUUAAUAAAUUGUUGUACUCCUACCUUUUUCUUCAAGAUUACGUGAACCCCUAAUUCAAUUCAAUCCACCCUCGCAAAUCUCUGUCUUCCCAUUUCUUUUCUUUUCUUCCUUCUCUCUUUCGAGGUUUCUUACACUCUUCAAUCAUCUGACCCACUUCUCGCUUUCUUCAACCAUGGCUUCUCUUAACCCAGUUUCCCCCUCACAGUCUCUCUUCAAUAAACUUCGUUUCAGAACGCCCACUUCCUUUUCCAAUUCCAAUUCCAGUUUGGAAUCCAGUUUCUUACCCAGAAGGGUUCCCUCUGCCCUUCUCUGUAAGAAGAGUACUGCUGGAAUUUCAACGGUUCGAAUGAAGACUGUUCCCCUGGUUUCGGCUACCACGGCUGAGAAGUCGAAAAAGAGGUAUCCUGGUGAAUCAAAAGGGUUUGUUGAGGAGAUGAGGUUUGUGGCGAUGAAAUUGCACACCAGGGAUCAAGCUAAAGAGGGUGAGAAGGAAACUAAAGAGCCCCAAGAGGCACCUGUCGCUAAAUGGGAGCCGACGGUUGAAGGGUAUUUGAGGUUUCUUGUGGAUAGCAAAUUGGUUUAUGAUACACUGGAUAAAAUCAUUGCCAAGGCUGUAUUUCCUUCCUAUGCAGAGUUUCGUGACACAGGACUGGAAAGGUCUGAAGCAUUGGCAAAAGAUUUGGAGUGGUUCAAAGAGCAAGGGUAUGUCAUUCCUGAGCCUUCUUCUCCUGGAGUCACCUAUGCUCGUUAUCUUGAAGAAUUGUCGGAAAAGGAUCCUCAAGCAUUUAUAUGCCAUUUCUAUAAUACAUACUUUGCCCACACUGCUGGCGGUCGGAUGAUUGGGAGAAAGGUAGCAGAAAGGAUUCUGGAGAACAAGGAGCUGGAAUUUUAUAAAUGGGAUGGAGACCUUUCCCAAUUGCUGCAGAAUGUAAGGGACAAGCUCAACAAAGUCGCUGAGAGCUGGAGUAGGGAGGAGAAGAACCAUUGCCUGGAGGAAACCGAGAAGUCUUUUAAGCACUCGGGAGAAAUUCUCCGUUUAAUAUUGUCAUGAUGACGACGAUGACGAUGACAACGACGAUGCCUUUCUUUUAGUAGCCGUGUUAUUGUUUCUUUAUACACCCUCUAAUGGGAUAUGCCCUCCAUCUCUGUUCAAGCUUGAAUUCUUGAAUGUCCCUUCUUCAAACUUCACACUUCUAAAGUAUCUGUUUGUAAACUCUGAAAGUUAUGCCCUCAAUCCCAUCUUCAAGUGUAUUACCUUUUCAUUGUUAUUGUUGGACGAGAGUCCCACGAUGCUAAUUGAAUGGACGAUUGUGGAUUUACAACGAACA